AUGCGAUCUGGUGAUUUAUUAGUGGAAAUCAGUACCAAAAAGCAAGCACAACAAAUUAUGAAACUAAAAGCUCUCGCUCAUAUUCCCGUUUCUGUGAAUCCGCACACAUCUUUAAAUUUCUCCAAAGGUGUUAUUACCUGCGGAGAAUUAUUUAAUGUCUCUAUAGAAGAAAUAUCCUCUGAAAUGAAGCCACAAGGCGUGACGCAUGUUCGCCAGAUAACAAUUCGGCGGAAUGGUCAACUACUUCCAACGAAGCAUUACAUACUUACUUUCCACAAUCCUAAUUUACCCGAAUCUAUAUAUGCAGGCUAUAUCAAAUUACCAGUUCGCCCGUACAUACCAAAUCCAUUGAGGUGCUUUCAGUGCCAGCGAUUUGGCCAUUCAAAAGUUAAUUGCCGCGGGACACUCACAUGUGCCCGUUGUGCCGAAAAAGGGCAUGACAGCCAGCAGUGUAGCGCACAAGAGAAGUGCGUGAACUGUGGUGGCGAUCAUCCUUCAUAUGCUCGAUCUUGCCCGCGCUGGCAUUUAGAAAAACAGGUCACAACUUUAAAAAUAAAAGAAAAUUUAACUUAUCCAGAAGCCAGGCGUAAAAUUCAGAAUCAGACCCCUACUCCCGGUAUCAGCUAUGCUGCCAUUGUACAAAAAUCCUUUUGCGCUAACUGUUCUUGUGUCAAUUGUAAGAAACAAGUAUGA